AUGGCCUCCUGGGGCCUGCUGGACGACAAAGAGGAGAACGAACUCCACAAAUCCCGACUUCUCAACGUCGAGGAGAAGCCGUUCAAGCGCAUCACCAAGCGCCUCAACACCCUCCACUCUCUGACCGCCGCUCGAGCCCGCCAGGCGCCAACACCGCCGCCCGAGACAAACGGAAUAUCCCCGCACCAGCAGCCCGAUGGCGCCUCCCCCGCCACCGGCGGCAGCGGCAGCGACGCGGCCGCCGCCUUCUCCCCUGCCGACCUCGCCCAGCUCAGAGAAGACAUCACGCUCGACUUCGCCGCCUUCGACAGCAGCAUCGCGCGGCUGCAGUUCCUGCUGACGGCCAACGAGCGCGAGCGCGAGCGGUACGCGGCGGAGCGGCGGCGCAUCCUGGCGGCGUCGCAGGCGGUGCGCGACAGCACAGCGGCGCUGCGCGCGCAACUCGAGGCGGCGCGGGCGACGCUCGCGCAGCGGCGCGCCUUCGACGAGCUGGCCGACGCCAUCACGAGCAACCCGGCGCUGCGGCCGCGCGCCGAGCAGGCGGCCAACCUGCGCAAGCUGCAGGACGAGAUCGCCGAGCUCGAGGCCGAGCGCGAGGCCUACGGCGCCACCUGGCACGAGCGCCGCGAGCAGUUCGCGCGCAUCAUGGACGAGAGCAUGAGGCUGCGGAGGCUGAUCCGCGACGAGAAGGAGGAGGUCGAGCGGCGCGAGGGCAUGGAUGACGAUAAUGAGGCCGGAGGCACGCCGCGGCCUUCGGGGGUGGCCAGCCGAGGGUCGACGCCGAGGCCGGAGGGCGGGUUGGCGCCGAAGGGCGGGGCCGAGAGCGGCGAUGUGGGUGGCACGCCGCGGCCGGUCUCGACUACGGGCGGGAGGACGCCGGCGAGGGAGAGCCCCGCACCUGGACAGGAGGGUGCGAGCUUCGCCAUCAAGCGGGCCACGGAUGUGGGAACGAGCUUUUCGCAGAUGGGUAGCCAGAUGGGUAGCCAGAUGGGAAGUCGCGAGGGCUCGGUUGAGAUGGAGACCAAGUCCGGAGAACAAGAAGAAGGAGAGGAUGUCGACAUGGUGGAGGUUAAGGACGACAGAUCGGAGCCUGACAGCCCCCUAACGCCAGUCCCGGCGGACGACACGCCGCAGAUUGUGGUCGACGGGGAGGGAGACACUAUGGACACGACAUAG